UUGCUAGAAAUUUCCAAAAUUCACUAAGUCUUCAAGGAAGAAAAUGCAAAUUAAAAUAUCUCUUGAAGCUUUCCCUGAGAUUUUUCUUUUCAGGUCAGGAUCUCUCCUGGUCAUGGUAGAGUCGAGUUGGGGUUGAGAGACGCCACAGUCCUAGAGGUUAGAGUAGGGACUCUUGAGCUGAGGUGUCUGCAGGCAACAAGGCAAAAGGAAAGUUCUAAGUGGACAUGCCUUGGAAUGUCAGGCAAAACUUAACGGACCACGAAUUAGAAGAAGCCAGAGGCAGGUAUUGAACUCAAAAUAUAACAUCUAACUAAAGAAUUCUGUUAGUCACUUUGAACAGUGAAUUUUAGUGUUUGUGACUUGCUUUUAAGGAGUCUGUGGGAGAAAGGCCAGGGACUGAGUGCAUAUUGCCAGACAAGCCAGUCUUCCUUGGGCAAAUCAGCAUCUCUGUUCUUGUGUUCUCACACUGGGACAGAGAAUUGUUCUUGCAGUCGUUCAUGCCACACACGUUUAUUAAGCAGCUACUAUGUUCCAGGCUCCAUGCUGAGUGUGCACAGAGAUUCAAGUAGAAGUAGCUGGUACUCCAGGAUGUAGAGUCCAAAGACACCUAUGAAUAAAAAACAGACACGCCAGGCAUAGCUAAAAUGCAUGUAUUUUUGUAAGGCUGGCCAAGGGUUGGCCUUAGAACUAGCUUCAACUUUUAAAUAGUCAUGACCAAGCAUCCCACAGAGAUCAUAUGAUUAAUCAUGAAAGUCCUUUGGUUUACAACCUUUUCAUAGACAGAUAUUGUAUGACAAAUUAACCUUAAGGACACAUUCCUUCAAGGACUAUUGUUACCUAGGGUCUUCUAAGCCUUGAGCAAGGGUUUGCUGGUGUUAUGACAUGUUUUAAAUAACCAAGCAAAAAAAUAACUAAGCUCUUUCCAGGUUAACACUCAGGGAACUGAGCGUCUGAUCUCCCUGCCCAUCUGUUUCUUUCACUCAAAGUCCCAGAAUACUACACCAGGGACAGGAUUUUCACCUCUCAAUAUAGACCCACGUACCUUACCUCAUGGUCCACUGACUUCCUGAGAAAUAAAUCGUCCUCGUGUUUCAUAAGAGACAACAGACAUUGAUUUUGUUGUUAACAUAUGUGAGGCUUCGUUCAUUCAAUAGACUAUAAUUUUAAUCACCAAUAAGUAUCCUAAAAUUUCAGAUGCUAAUGUCCUGAGGGAUCAACUUUUAAUCAAUUAUUGACUACAGUUUGAAGGGUACUAUGUCCAGAUUAAAUGCAGUAUGAUUUGUCCUAUGGGCUAUGCAGUUUGCUCCUGUCACGGGCACCUUGAAUCUCCUCCUCAGACUGAUUGAGACCAUGCUUGAUUUCCUGCACUUUUAGUAAGAAGAAGGAAAACACAGCACACAUGAGCCAACAGAAUUAAGAGGAAGAUUUAUGAGGCAUGGAACCCUCCAUCAGAUUUGGAAGAAAGUAGAGUGAGCGCAGAGAUGACAGACAGCCACUGAGGCCCAUGGACAAUCCCCACCUCAUGCUUCUCCAUCAAACUUUAAGAUUUAUUAGUAAUAUGCUGCCUUUGGAAGAUGAAAAGAAGCUAGUGCCAAGGAGGCGUAUUCUUCAAUAUUUGGAAUAGACGUGUUCUCAAGACAAUGGCUUCAAAGGUCUCAUGUUUGUAUGUUUUGACAGUUGUGUGCUGGGCCAGCGCUCUCUGGUACUUGAGUAUAACUCGUCCUACAUCUUCUUACACUGGCUCCAAACCAUUCAGCCACCUAACAGUUGCCAGGAAAAAUUUCACCUUUGGCAACAUAAGAACUCGACCUAUCAACCCACAUUCUUUUGAAUUUCUUAUCAACGAGCCCAAUAAAUGUGAGAAAAACAUUCCUUUUCUUGUUAUCCUCAUCAGCACCACCCACAAGGAAUUCGACGCCCGCCAGGCAAUCAGAGAGACAUGGGGGGAUGAGAACAACUUUAAGGGGAUCAAGAUAGCCACUCUCUUCCUCCUGGGCAAGAAUGCUGAUCCUGUUCUCAAUCAGAUGGUGGAGCAAGAGAGCCAAAUCUUCCACGAUAUCAUCGUGGAGGACUUCAUUGACUCCUACCAUAACCUUACCCUCAAAACAUUGAUGGGGAUGAGAUGGGUGGCCACUUUUUGUUCAAAAGCCAAGUACGUCAUGAAAACCGACAGUGACAUUUUUGUAAACAUGGACAACCUUAUUUAUAAAUUACUGAAACCCUCUACCAAGCCACGAAGAAGGUAUUUUACUGGCUAUGUCAUUAAUGGAGGGCCAAUUCGGGACGUCCGCAGUAAGUGGUAUAUGCCCAGGGAUUUGUACCCAGACAGUAACUACCCACCAUUUUGUUCGGGGACUGGCUACAUCUUUUCAGCUGAUGUGGCUGAACUCAUUUACAAGACCUCACUCCACACCAGGCUGCUUCACCUUGAAGACGUAUAUGUGGGACUGUGUCUUCGAAAGCUGGGCAUACAUCCUUUCCAGAACAGUGGAUUCAAUCACUGGAAAAUGGCCUACAGUUUGUGUAGGUAUCGCCGUGUUAUCACCGUGCAUCAGAUCUCUCCAGAAGAAAUGCACAGAAUCUGGAAUGACAUGUCAAGCAAGAAACAUCUCAGAUGUUAGGAUUUUUACCAAUGGAAAUAUGUUUCGUUUCUUUUUUUAAGAAAUGGGACCUAAGGUGUUGGUAUUUUCCAGGUGUCAGGGGAAAUGAACUGGUUGAAGGGGUUUUGUAAAGUUUUUGCUUCCUGCUACAAGUUCCUUUCUUGGAUUACCAAUUUACAAAUGUUAGACUCUGGUCAUAGAAACAAUAAAUGAGUUAGAAUAGCCAGAUUUCAUUCUCAGUCCCAGUGCAUUGCUAUUUGCCUCAAAAAGUGACUUCCAAAUAACUCCUAUGAUUGAUGUACUGUGCAUUUGAGAUAAAAAUUUGGUUCUGGGAAACUGAAACUCACAAUAAUGUGUUUGUAUCAUCUCUGCAAAAAUUAAUACAUAAACAGAAACCAUUUUCAAAAGCAAUUCAGAAAGGAUGCACAGUCAGGAAGACACACUAGAUGUGAUUAUUAAUAUCGUGUGUGUUGUUACAUUAUAUUUUUACAUAUAUUGCCAUGUGAUGUGUACAGUAUUUGCAGUUCCACCAAGAAAUGAACUUGGUAGCUGCAGAGAGGCUGCAGUUAAAUAGAUGGGAAUUUAAACUUGAGAAUCAAACAUUGUAUGUGUUUGGAAGACAACUCUGCUUGCUUAUCCAAGGAUUAAACCUGGUCAACAGGUGGAAUGUAUAUAAAAUGCUACUUAACAAAGCAAACAAAAAUUUUUUUUUCUUUUUUCUUUUUUCUUUUCUUUUUUUUUUUUUUUUGCUCUUUCAGAACAAACAUGAAAUGGUGCCUCCAAGGAAACUUUGCCAAAUGUAAUCUCACCUGCUUCUUUCCAUACAGUGUCGCUAAGUGCAUUUCACAGUUUCUGGAUCUGGCAGGCAUAUGUCUCUACGUAUAAAAUAUGUUGGUUGGAGGCCAGAGAACAAUAAAUCACAUUGAUAAAAGACAAAUUUAGGUAUGCAUUAUAAUUAACAUAAGCUUAUCAAUAGUAUAAGAUGCCCCCACACACACACACAUUUGCAAAACACGUGAGAAAAUCUUUAAGGGUGUCAAUAUUAUUGAAAGACUUGGCCCUAUUGCUAACAUCUGAAAACACCAGAACAUGUUCAGCAGCAAUGCUGUUAUGAGGUAUUCUGGGGGCUCUGUGAUUGAGGUUCAUGGGCAGGAAGAAUGGGGAAGGCUGGGUUUGGGUCCCAUUGAUGCCCUCAAACUUAUUGGGCCCUAUGAGUAGGCAUUGUAAUCUUGCUCUGCUUCAAUGUGUUCAUUUUUGAAAAUGGCUGUAAAAAACACCUACCUCACAGCUGCUGUGAGAGCGAAUUGCAUUUGCUAAGUAUUUUGAGAUCCUUAGCUUAAAAGGUGCUACGUAAUGCAGUGUACCAUGCAUUAUACUAGAUGCUAAAAUAAUUGUAUAAUUACAAUGAUGGGCAUUAGUAACAGUAACAUCAUCUUACUAUAACAUCUGCCGAAAUAAAGAUCAGCUGUGAACUAUCAGUGCAUCUAAUUCUGCCAAGGCUUUGACUUUUCCUUGGCUGUAAUUUGGGUGUUUGGGAAAACUCUUAUUUCUCUGCAAUUUCUUCUGGUUUCAAUGAAUAAGUGACUAGAUCAGUGUGUUGCCUUGAAAUCCUAAGAUGCUGAAAGUAGAGGUAGCUGCCCUCUUUGGGAAGGAAUCUCUGGUUGGGCAUAUAUUACAGUAAAUGAAGCAUAUGCUUUGCAAAAUGCAUCACAGCAACUUAGAUCUCAGGAACCACUGAAUCUGAAUUCUAAGAAUUUUGAGAGCAGAUAAAGUUAGUCCACCUCUUUCAGAAGAAGCAUGAUAGGCAGUCGGCAAACCUGGACAUUGCACAUCUACCAUUUAUUAGAAAACACCUGUUGGUUCUCAUGCAAAGAAAGCCCCAUAGCUGAAAGAGUAUACCUUUUUAAUUUAUUUACUUGUGUUUUAACCUGACCCCGGGAGACCCCAUAGAAGUUGAUAGCAAACAGGCAGACAAAAUGAGCAAGUGAAAGUCAUGACUUGUUUCUGCAAAACUCUGGAUCUCUCAUCCCCAGCCCUAAAGGACCCAAGAUGAGACAAGACUUCCCAUCCCUUAACACAUCUUCAUGUUAUGGUCAGCAGGACUGCUGGUUUUGAUUAGAGAAUAGCAAUUAGGUAACCUGGGGAGAGAUGGAUCAGCAUAAGGUGAACCACCCUCCAACCCUGUAGCCUCAACUGCUGUGAGUUCCAAUCACUGGGAGAGUCUCACGACUUCAUACUUGGUUUACCUUUCAAUCAUGCAGCUGAAUCAAGCCUCUUGUCUCAUACUAUUGCCUUGCAUCUACCCCAUGCUCAGUCAAACCGCCUUUGAUGUCAAGAAAUUGCACAUUAUAAACAUCAUAUAUGUACAUCUAUGAAUCAUUUUAUAUGUGUGUGUAUACAUUAUGAAUACAGCCCUAAUCUUCAAAAGGAGCAAAAAUCAGAAUCAUAUGUCUUAAAGAACUAUUUCCUUACUUUUUUAUGCUAGAUAAUGCCCAUGUGACAAACAUGUAAAUAUACAUCAAAAACCACGUGUAUAUAUUUUAAAGGCAUUUUUUUCUUCUCCCCAACUGUAUGUAUAGCUAGAAUCUGCUUGCUAUGUAACAUUUUCUUCUGCAUGGAGCUUGGUGAAGCAAGGCCAUUUGUCCAGUGUUUCAAUAGCCUUAAGCAUGUUUGCCCUUCGUUUUCUGAAUGUUCAAAAAAUGUUUAAGUGAUCAAGAAAAAGCUCUAACUUUCUACUUUUGUUAAUUUUAUGACAUGACACUGGCUAAAUUAUUGUUUCGAUUACUUGUUAAGUCAUUCUUAUCAUUUCCCUGAUGUAAAAUAUAUAAUGUUUCAGACAGUAUUCUACCAAGAGUCUCUCAGACAAUUUUUACAAAAACUCUUUUUUUCCAUUAUCCACUGGAUAAUAUAUUAUUAGUGUCUAUAUUCUUAAAGUUUCUUUUUUUAAUUUAUUUUUUUGGAAAAAUUUUCCCUUUGGUGGCUAGUUUAGGUGGCUUUGUGUCUUCUUAUAUUGGAACAAGUAUCUAUUUCAAUAUAGAAUAUUGUAUUUUUAAAUAACCAGAAUCAACAAAAUGAAGAUCACUUAAUUUGGAUUCAAUUCAGAAGAAUAAAACCCCUUUGUGUGACACAAUAUGGGGAAAAUAAACUAUUUACAGAGAAGCCAAGGAAGGACUUUUUCAAUCAAAUCUCUUCUAUCAAAAGACAAUGGAAUAUUUACCUAAUGCAUCUGGGAUCAUUUUCUACCUUUCCUAAUACGUGGGUUUAGUGGGAGAUUGAUUAUGUCAUUUCUUCUGUAAAGGUGAAAAUAGUUUUUAUAAACAACAAAGUAACUUGUGAAUGAAAGAAGUAAUUUACUAGAACAACGCUUGUUGAUGAUAAUUGACAUUUAGGUAUAACGUUAUAUAUGAAUGAUUGUAUUUAUGUAUUUAUUUGUCACAAUUGUACAUACUGUUUCGCCAAAAGUAACUGUCUGUAAAAGUGCACUCUCCAGGUUUGUAGUACUAUUUAGGGUUACAUGGGUUGCCAAUCAAGCUGCUAAUCAGAAUACUAUUUUUUGUAUCAAUGUUAUAAAACUAAAAAUGACAGAUAGAUGCUGAAGCUGUCAUUACAUUCAGUUUCUUCACCUUCCUCUUGAAAUGUAAACUGUUGACUGAAAGCACGAUGCUUAUGUACAGGCCCAUCUGUCACGAUGAAGAUUAUGGUUCCAUAAAGCCGAUUUUUUUUUUAAACCAUUGGGACAAAUAAACAGAAGGAGAACAAA